AUGCAGAGCGUCCUGAAAAUGGGAAUAAUCUCACCUGUAAAGGAUUUAACCGCUCCGUACAAUUGCCCGCAAUCAAUAUUAUAUAAGAAAUUCGGCAAGCCAUCUGAUAUUUAUGUUCCGGCGCUAAACCUUGGUAAAGACACCAGGCGUGCCAGGAUGUUUCAAACCAUUACUCCUUUUGCGGUGAAAUAUAAUUUAAGUAUAAACUCGGCUUAUGAAGAAGGGGAUUACAAACACAUUAGUAAAGCGCUCUUAAAAGAAAAAGGUACUGUCAUCAUCGUUUGGGAGCAUAAGGAGAUCCAGCAACUGGUGAAUGCACUAGGUGUAAAAUCUGUCACCCAAAAAUGGGGCACAAAUGAUUAUGACAGCAUAUGGAUCGUUACUUUUUCUACAGGGAUGCCUGUUCUGAAAAAAGAUAAGCAGGGUUUAAACCCAUCGUCUAAUUGCAAUUUCUAAUUUUAAUCUGAUCACCUGCCCCUUAGCCUUCCGAAAAUCUAACAUUCAUAAAUCUUUACUCAUGCGAAAACUAUUCAUCGUCCUGUUUCUAUUCUUUUAUAUACAAAGUCAGGCACAAACUGAUCAGUUACAAAAGAUUGAAAAUGACAUUAAGGCCAAUGCUAUGGAACAUAAAUUCGACAAGCAAAUCAUUGAUCUUAAUAAUGACCAGAUCGAUGAUUACAUCUACUUAUAUCAAUGCGGAGAACCUAAAUGCAUAAAAGUAUAUCUAAACAUCAACGGCAUAUUAAAAGAACAGAUUGCGGAACAGUGCUGGAGUUACCGGGUAUUUAACAUCAACAACAGAAAGAUACUAACUUUAAUACUAGGCCAUUGUUGUGGGAAAGCCCCUAUGUAUCGAUCAGGUCCGUUGAAUUUGAUACAAACCGAGCGCUGAUUAAGGACAACUAUGUGUUAACAAAUGGAGCAUAUACCGGAGCUAGUAUGCUUAGCCCUCCAUUUUACAGCAAACAACGAGAACCUGCGGUCAUUAAUACCAACAACUAUAAUUUAAGAUUCUCUCCCAAUACUGAUCUGCUCAAAGGAGCUGAAAAAGAGACGUUCACUUUCGGAAUUACCGAAGGCACAAAUAUUAUUGCCCAGAUAAAAAUGGGUUCAAAAAUCAAUAUUCUAUCUGAACUCAUUCAGCGGGACAGAUCCUGGCUAUUUAUCGAAGUAGAUCCUACGUUCCUGGUUGGCAAGGAUCAUCCUGUCAGUUUCGAUUUUAAAGAUCAGCAGUUAAGGGGUUGGAUUAGCAGCAAAUAUGUAACGCGAAAAUAA